AUGCAGCGUCAACAUGGCAAUCGCUUCGAUGAGGACAGUGAACAGCAUCACGACCCGUUCCGCUCUGGCUCGAGCUCUAGCUGGGGUCAACGUGAGCUGCCCAAAACUCCGCCGCACCAGCAACUUGUCCCGAUCGAACCCUCCGCUCCGAGGAAGAGGAAGGCCCCGGACUUCCCUCUGUUCGAGACCCCGUCCAAGAAGAGAUCCGUCCCGCACCACCCCGAUCUCAUGCUCCUCGAGCGUCCGUCCCUGAAGAGGGCCGCAGAGUCAGACGCCGAAAGCCCGCAAGCCGCCAAGCCCUACAAGCGCAUGGCCAUUGCCCAGAAGCCCUCCGGCGGUGUCGUCGCCAUCUCGCCUGCCGGAACGAUCUGUCGCUGCCACUUGGAGCACCCCGGCGCCAUCUGCCCCCACACGAUCUACGUCGACGACGCCCGCGCGCGCGCUGCGUACGAAGCGCUCUCGCCCGUCCAGCAGGUCUUGGAGAGGCGCGCAGUCAACAAGGACAAGGAGAAGGCCAACUCGGUCAAGGAGCUGAUGGUCGAUGCGAAGGCUGUUCGUGAGGAGUGCGAGGAUUGGCUGAAUAGGGAGAAUAGGCGCCAGAGGCGUCGCAUCAUGUGGCGCGCCAUUACGGUUGACCGCGAUCCAUUUGAAAACGAGUGGGUGGGUGUCCCGGAAAACUACGACAGGGCCUUCGUUGUGCGGGACCAUGAGGACUCCGAGGACGGCGGCAGCAGCGAGGGCAGCUUUGAGAUCAAGGCCGAGCCGAGCGAGCCGAGCGACGAUGACAGCGACCUCAGCGAGUACGAUGCAGAUGUGGACAGCGAUGAGGAAGAUGAUGAUGAUGAUGAUGACGAGGCCGACUUUGUUUGA